AUGGCUUCUACAUCUUUAGCGGAACAAUUACAAAAGCUAUCAGUGCCGCAAUCAUCAAUUUAUAAAGAUGAUAAGAAAAAGGCAUCAUUACUUUUUGAUCCCAAAGAGGCUGCCUUAAAGGAUCGCGACACAUUCUAUGAAAUUGGCAUUAGUGGUCUUAAGGAGUUAAUUGCUUUGUAUGAAGGAUUUCGUGUAUACGAAGACUCAUUAUUUAGUAUUUCGUCAAAAGAUUUUGAACGUGCAGUUCAGAGCAAAGAGGUAAAUCAAAAUUUGGACCAAACAAUUGAAAAGUUCCUUAUACAACUAUCACCAUACUUCUUGCUACAGUCAUCUCAUAAAGCUUUAGAAUGGUUGGUAAACAGAUAUAGCAUACAUCAAUAUAAUCAAGAUGCAAUUAUGAUGCUUAUACUGCCAUACCAUGAAACAAAAAUAUUUGUGCGUUUCAUCCAGUUAUUUCAACUAUCGUCAACUUCAAACAGAUGGAACUGGCUAGAAUCUAUCCAAAAACGUGGAAUAUCCUUAACAAAGCAAGUUCUACAUAAUCAGUGUGUUUCAAACAUAUCAACAUUGCAAUUUAUUGCAAAAUGUACUUUAAAAUAUGUCAUGGAAUUCGGGGAAAGGGCAACUCAAUUGAAUACAGUUUAUGCAUUUUUCUGUUCAACUGCAAUAGGUACUAUGAACACGAGUAAAUAUGUUAAUGAAUCUAUUAUCAACGCUUUGCUGCCUACAUUGAUAGAAGGCCUUGAAUCACCAAUCAUUGAUUUCAGAUCGUCUUCUCAUAUAGUUUUAGGAUAUUUAUCCACUAAGGCAACAUUUAAAAGGAAAACAAUAAAUGAUUUGAUCGUUCGAAUGUUUACUACCGAGUUUGACCUAACAUAUGAUGUAGUUUUACUUAUAAAUUUAAUUUACACAAAUCAGAAGCAUUUAACGAAGAUGUCUAGAGAUAUCUUUGGUAAUAUAUCAAUUGAUGUCAUGAACACUUUAUGCAUGAAUUUGAAGAAGCUUGUGGAGUUAAGAAUUAGUAUUCAAACAUUCAGCCUUGUAUUUCUAUCCAGCAUAUUGCCAAUAAUUCAAAGAAAUAUUGAGGAUUUCAGAAGAUUUCGUCAACUGCCUGAAUUGUUUAUUGAUGAAGUUGACCUCAAAUAUCAACAGCCGGAGACAAUUAUACAUUGCAUCCUCAAUGCCUUAAAGUCUUCAAAAGAGGAUGAUGAUGAAGAGAGCGAUGUAGAAAUUAUUGAUGACGAUAACGGUUUUUCUAAUAAAAUAAUGGCUUGGUAUUCACAGUUCUUAAAAAAUAUCGAAACCAAAUACCCAGAUACAUUUGAUAAAGUUAUUAAAAAAGAAAUGGGCUCUGAUAGCAAAUUGUCGCCAAAGAAAAGAGCGCAGCUAUCGAAAGUAUUAGGCUUUAAACCCGCAGUUGCUCAUAAAGUUGGAGGAACAUACUUAUUUGAAAAUUUAAAUCACAUUAACCCAGAUUUGCGAAUCGAAGCAGUUAAUUACAUAGCAAAAGAAUUUCAGUCAUUGAAAAUUGAAAACAUAGAGUUUGUGAAAGAUUCUGUAAUUAAUAGACUAAAAGAUGAUAAUGCGGAUGUGGUUUUGGCAGCUCUAGAUAUGCCUAACAAUAAUUUACAAGAAAUUUUGAAUGAAGCUGAUUUGACGAGUGUUUUCGUUUACAUCGCUAAUAAAGAUUCCAAAAAGUGGAGAGAUAUAAGACGAAUUGCAAUACAGAAAUUCUGUUCCUUGCAUACGUUUCCAGUUAAUCAUGAGAUUGUUUUAGCCAUAAUGCCUUACUUUUUCCCAAAAAAUAAAGAGUCGGCUGAAUUAACUUAUCAAAUACUAAAAUCUCCAUGGGGUGAAAAGUUUGGACUUAAAAACAAAAUGUCUGGCUUAAAUGAUUCUAUAAAGGAUAAUUAUGAAGUUUUAAACCAAAUGGUUUUUAAAAUAUUAUUCGUUGAUAUGGCAAUAAAUUUCGAUGAGAUACUCGAUAUUAAUCUUUUAAAUAAAGAACGCACUCUAGAUAUUUGCUUUUACGUACUACUAAAAUCAUGUUCGCUAAAAAGAGGCGCUAUCCAAGACACUACAGAUAUAUUAAAUUUAGUCCUAGAAUCGGUUGAAAGUAGAGCGAUAGUACCGAGUUCAGAAAAUUCCAAAUUCUCGUCUGAUGUGAUUGUGGAAUUCAUAAAACUUGCUAGAAAAGAUCAAAUUUUAUUUGAAGGAUUGGAAUAUAUCUUCUCGAAAAUAACAGAGCAAGUCAAAGCUGCUGCUAUUACUAAGCCAUGGUGUAAUUUGUUGAAGAACCCUGAAACUGUUCUUAUUAGACGUUUGUACGAAAUUUUUAUAACAGGAUGUGGGAUACAAUCAUAUGCUGACAAUUACGCAAAGUUGCUUAAGAAACUGCUUGAUAUAUUGCUCAAAACUCCAAAGGAGAAAUUUGAAUUCCUAGCAAACAUUGCUAGCGGGCAUAUAUUAUAUGCCAAUGAUCCUAAAGACGUUUUCACUCCAGAAAUCCAAUUGAGAACUUUAAAAUUAAUGAUAAAUUUCCUUGCCGUUCAAACGAGUGAUUGGAUCUACGAUUCCGAUGUACUCAUUCUAAUGAUACUAUUUAAUUUAAAUAACCCCCUAGCUCCAGUAAGAAAAUGCGUGAUAGGCCUUAUAAAGAAUAUUUUACGCGAAGACACAAAGAAAAAUUUAAUUUAUAUGCAACUCUUAAAGGAAUUAAUCUCGCAUGAAGAGGAGCUCAUUUUGGAUCACGAACAAUUACCACAUGUUUUAAAGACAAUACUGACCCAACAAUCAAUCGGUACCAAAAUAUUUAGAAAAAAUUGCUUAUUAAAAUUAACGUCUAUACUCAUUACUGACACACCAGCUCACAUAAAAUCAACGCUAGUGAAAGUUUUAUCAAAUAUAAAUAAUGUGCAAAUGUUUUCUCACAUUGUACCAUCAUUAAAUAGUUUAGAAAAGGUUAUAAAACAAAAUGAACUGGAUAAAAAGUUUACGUUUGAUAUUUAUGAAUCUAACUUAAUUAGAACUGUUUAUGAACAAAUCAAUGAAACUACGAUAACGACAUUCAAUAAAGAGCAAGUGUGGAAUUCAAUUGAGAUUGGGCUUAAAGAAUAUAGAGAAUGUAUUCUCACUGAAGAUCUAAAAUAUGUGAGUCCAAGCGUCUUAAUAAUGAAACAGAUUAGUGAAGAAGUAUUCGCAAAGAUUCCCGACGAGAAGUCUAAGGAUUUAAUCUAUCUUAUUGCAUUUGCUGGUACAUUUAGUAAUAAUCCUACAAUAUCGAGUGUAGCUUCAAAAACUAUGAAAAAAAUAAAUAUCAAAUUCGAAGAUUUCAAACCUAUUCUCGACGGAAUGUUGAAUGUAGUUGAUCCCAUAGCCAAUGUUUCAAAAAAGAAAAAAGCUACUGUCUCUAUGCUUUCUUACCAAUUGGCUGAAACGGAUGAGUGGCGACUUGGUGUCACACUACUGGAAUAUGUUCAAAGUAAAAAAAAAAUGGUUGUUGAUAACCAAUUUGUCACCAUAUUAUUCCAAUUGCUAAAUAAGUGUUUAAGAUUCGAAGAGCAAUCUCACGUUGAAUACACGAAACAGCUAAUUUUAUCGUCACUCUGGUAUUUCUGUAAAAAGUUUGUGGAUGAUGCCGAUAAAGAACAGAUGCGAUCGAUUAAAAGUAUAUUUGAUGUCGAAACAGUUGUGCAAUGUAUAAGAGGAACCCAAAAUCCCCAAACACAGCACCAUGCUUUGAUUCUUCUAUCACACGCUGCCUAUAUGUUGCCUGAACAAGUUCUACAUCAUACUAUGGAAAUAUUCACUUUUAUGGGGUCAUCUGUGCUUAGACACGAUGACGCAUACAGUUUCCAGAUUAUUACGAAAAUUAUCGAAACACUUGUACCCAUUUUAGUUAAAUUGGAUAGGAAUGUUGACGAAUUAACUGAAAAAGAACUUCAGCAGUUACAAAGACGCGUAGUUCCAGUACUGCGUAUAUUUGCAGAUGUUGUUCUACAUGUGCCGGAACAUAGAAGAUUGCCACUUUACAAGAAGCUUAUCGAGACUCUAGGACCUAGUCAGUUCCUUUGGGUUUUCCUUGCGCUAUUGCUUGAAACACACAUUGCUCACAGUAAUGAAAACAAGAAGAAAGAUAAACACCCACCAAGAAGUUUAGCAGAGCAGGAAUCACCGAUAAAUAGACUUGAUUUCGGACAAAGUAUAAUGCUUGAAUUUCCACCAGAAAUAUGCUUGGAGAAUCUCAUAAAGCUAAUAAUUUAUAUGAAAACUUUGCCCUUACAAAAGGAUGAGAAUUCUAUGGAAACUGAUGUCGACCCUAGUGAUAUAUUUAGCGUCAAUGGUCACACACCUAUACAGUUAAGACAUUAUAAAUAUAUUAUUAUUACUUUCAUGAACACCUGUUUAUCAUCUUCAAGAUUCAUUCAACACAGUAGUCUAGCAGUAGAUAUAAAAUGUAUGGAAAAUCACUAUAAACAAUUUAUUAUUAACAUUCUAACUUAUAUCCAAAGCAUAUCUAAAGCUGGAGAUGAAAAGACAGCAAAGUACUGGCGCGUGAUGUUGCAUCACAGUUACGAUUUACUAGACCAUACUAAUAACUUACUGUCUGCACCAAUGUUUUUGUCAGUCGUUCGAGGCCUAUUAAAACACACUUUACAAACAGUGCGAAGAAAAGCUAUGGAGUUAUUAAACUCCAAAAUACAGUUUAGUCCCGAAAUGUUCACUGAUGUAGAUAAAAGUCUUCUAUACUCAUUGCUUCCAGCUUUGUUAGACAUAGUAAAAACAAUAGAAAAUACCCCUGAAAAUCAAGACGAGAAUGCGGCAUUCGAAUUGGAGAUCAACCAACAAACAGCUCUCUUAUCUCUUAAACUAUUAACACGCAUGUUGGCUUCAGAAAACCCUGAACCCUUCAAGCCUGUUCUAGAAACGGUAACAGAAUAUACAUGCAAUUCAAAUAUAGCUGGCAACGUGAUGGCUUCUGUCGUUCUUUGUUUGGCUGAUCUAUGUGGAAAUUUGAAAGCACAUGCAUUGGGAAGCUUAAGAAAGUUCAUGCCAGCCUUAAUUAAAGUUUUGAAAAAGCAGCGUAAAUCUGAAACACCUGAGUUGGUGUUGUUAAGUACUGUCACAGCUAUAUCCAAAAUAGUAGAAAGCGUGCCGCUCUUUUUGAGUCCAUAUUUGCAAAAAAUCCUUUACGAAUAUGCGAUAUUAUUGGGUAAAUGGCAAUUCGCCGACCAAGAGUGCAGUAAAGUUUCAGCGAUUGUGUCGAAAUUGAUACAUAUUAAAAAGAAAAUAGCCAGUUCGAUUCCGCCCAGGGUUUUGAUACCUGUGGCGAAUGAAACUCAUCAAAUGAUUCUGGAAAAAGAAAACUUUGAUGCAGUCGGUCCUGUGAUGUCUGUUUUGGCGGAUAGUUUUGCAAAUGUGACGACAGCAGAUUUUGCAGCAUUACAGCAAGAUUUGACAUCUUUCUUUUUAUCGGCUCUGCAGUUAAGAGGAGAAGCAUCUGACAAAAAUAUUGACGAAAGUAUCAUUGAUUCAGCUGAAGAAGAAGUGGUAAAAGCGAUAGUAAGCCUUGUGUUGAAGUUAUCUGAAACUAACUUCAGACCGUUCUAUUUCAAGAUCUACGAUUGGGCAAUAAGGACGAAUAUAGAAGGACGUAAAGAUAGAACGAUAACGUUCUAUAGGCUAAGCAGUGCAAUUGCAGAGAAAUUAAAAGGUCUAUUUGUAUUAUUCGCUGGUCACUUUAUUAAAAACGCCGCAGAACUGCUAGAUGCUUGUAACAAUAGCAAAACUGAGGAACUCUACUUUGACUCUGAUGACAAAUGCAUUUUGCUUAUCAAAUAUAUAAUAAAAACGUUACAUAUAGUGUUUUUAUACGAUAGCCAGAGUUUUAUCAAUAAGGAUAGAUUUGAAACACUCAUGCAGCCUGUUGUGGAUCAAUUAGAAAAUAGUGUGGGAGGGAUUUCGAGUCUUAAAACGAGGGCCACAGAGUUGAUAAUUCCGUGUAUAUCUCAAUUCGCGGUGGCUACCGCUGAUGAUUCUUUAUGGAAGCUUCUGAACUAUCAAGUUCUUUUGAAAACGAGACAUAAUGAUGCGGAGAUUAGGCUUGCCGGCUUAGAUUGUCUCGUAGCUAUGGCAUCCCAAUUGGGUACAAACUGGUUGCCUUUACUAGCGGAAAGUGUACCGUUCCUGGCAGAAUUGUUAGAGGACGGCGAUCAAAAAAUUGAGAACGCUACUAAGAAUGCUGUUCGAACUCUAGAACAAAUACUCGGUGAACCACUAGAAAAAUACUUU